AAGUUACAACAGUAGAAGUUACAACAGUAGAAGUUACAACAGUAGAAGAUACAACAGUAGAAGAUACAACAGUAGAAGUUACAACAGUAGAAGAUACAACAGUGGAAGUUACUGCAUUUCAACACACGUGUGUAAAGAUGUCAGAGGAAAUCUAUGAAAACUGCGAUGGAUUUAGUGGCAAAAAAAUAUAUAAAAUAAAUAAAAUAGAGACCAUGGACAUUAAUGAUCAAAUAUACAACAACGAAAGACCCAUCGUGCCCCGCAAGAAGGAUGGAGUUGGUGAUCAACAUUCAGUGUCUUGUCAGUGGUGGAAGAGAUACUCUGGAGCUGCUGCAGGAUGUCUGGGGCUGCUGUGUGUUCUCCUACUGGCUGGGAUCAUAGGCCUGUUUCUCUACCAGAGAAACCAAUUGACCAGUUCCAACACCCUGACUGAAGAGAGAGACCAGUUACAGACCUGCGGAAACAACCUUACUGAAGAGAGAGACCAGCUACAGACUAGCAACAACACCCCGAACGAAGAGAGAGACCAGCUACAGACUAGCGACAACACGCUGACCAAAGAGAGAAACCAGUUACAGACCAGAUACAACACCCUGACCAAAGAGAGAGACAAGCUACAGACCAGAUACAACACCCUGACCAAAGAGAGAGACCAGCUACAGACUAGAUACAACAUCCUGACCAAAGAGAGAGACCAGCUACAGAAAGAGACAGAACGUCUGAAACAAUCUUUAGUUGAGAAAGUUUGUCCGCGAGGAUGGAAGAAGCUUGGUAGCAGGUGUUACUACGUCUCUACUGAGAAAAAAUCCUGGGAGGAGAGCAGACAGGACUGCAGAUAUAGAGGAGCAGACCUGGUUGUCAUCAAGAACCAAGAACAACAGACAUUUGUCAAUUGGUUAUGCGGGGUAAAGAACUAUGUCUGGAUUGGUCUGACUGACUCUGUUUCUGAGGGGACCUGGAAAUGGGUGGACUACACAACACUGACCACAAAGUAUUGGAACAGUAAAGAGCCUAAUGGUGGAAGAGCAGAGAACUGUGUGUAUUUCUACUCCUGGUCAUCAGACACAGGAGCUUGGUGGGACUAUGACUGUUCCUAUCAAUACAGAUGGAUCUGUGAGAAAUAGGAUUCAUCCUCGGUACCCUCUGAACUGCUAAAUAAGAUUAUGCUAAGUACUAUCAAUGAGAAACUAUUUCCUGCUUAUUCAUUUACCUUGUCAACUACAUACAAUAUAUAACAAUACAAAUGUAGAAUACAUUAUAAUAAAACUAUAUGCAAUAACAAUACAAUGAAUUGAUAAGAGAAGGACUGUUCUGUCUGUUGUUGAGGAAAUUCACCACGAAGGACUCAAAUUCAAAGGAAAUUAAUCAAUCUUUAUUAUCACAGUCAGAGGUUCACUGACUCAAUACAAUCCUAAUGUUAAUGUUUAUUAUUAAUACUUUUUAGUUUUGUCUACUUGCUAAAUAUUUGUCUUAACUCUUCCCGAACUGCACUGUUGGUUAAGGGCAUGUAAGUCAGCAUUUCACGGUAAAGUCUACACUUGUUGUAUUCGUGGCAUGUGACAAAUAAAGUUUGAUUUGAUUUGAAGUCAUAUCAUCACGGUUGGUUCCUGCAUGAGACUGACUGAUACCACACCAGGCUUCUUACCUUGAAACUGAGAUACUCCUUUUGGUUCCCAGAGCAAUGUUCUAGGUGUACUGGGAAAUUGUUUAUACAGUGACAGUUUAGAUUCCGCCCAUGUACUGCACAGUCAAUCAGAAACUCGCAUGAAUCCAACCAAGUUGGACAUUAGAAAAACAGCAUUAUUCUAAACAUACGAGUGGAUAAACACAGAUAAAAUGUCACACUAUUAUAUAAUAGUUGAUCUGACAUGGAGUCUAGAAGGACUGUUCUCUACUGUAUAAUAGUUGAUCUAACAUGGAGUGUAGAAGGACUGUUCUCUACUGUAUAAUAGUUUAUCUAAA